AUGGCAGAGGCGCCAGCGCCCGGGCGGCUCGCCUGCACACGCCGCCUUUUGCGUCGCGCGGGCGACGCGGUGGCGGCCGUCUCGCUGGGUGGGGCCACGCUGGGGGACGGAGAGGGCGCCCGCAUUCUCGAGGCCGCUUGCCGCGCGGGCGUCGCGCUCGUCGACACAUCUGACGCGUACGGCCACUCGGAGUUCGUCGUCGGCCUGGCGUCUUGCGGCGUCGCCGUGGCGACGAAGUACGGCAACCCGUGCGCGCGGAACGGAUACGAGCACGACUGGUCCGUCGCGGCGGGCCGCGCGGCGCUGGAUGCGAGCCGCGCCGCGCUCCGCGGCAAGCGGCUCGCGCUCUACCAGCUGCACUCGCCGCCCGCGGACGCCGUCACGCCGGCCGUGGCGCAGGUCCUCGAGGCCGCGGUCACUGCCGGGGAAAUCGGCGGCUGGGGCGCGAGCGUGCACUCGUUCGAGUGCGGCCGCCGCUGCGUGGCGCUGGGCUGCGACGCACUCCAGGUGCCGUUCAACGUGCUCCAGCAGGAGCACGCCGCGCUCAUCGACGGCUGCCGCAGCGCCGGCGUGGGCGUGUUGGCCCAGUCGGUCCUCGCCCAGGGCUGGCUCACGACGCAGGGCGUCGGCGUCGCGCGCGCGCUGCUCGCGGGCCGGGCCGACCUGCUACCGCGCGAGGUCGGGGCGGGCGGCGACGGCCGCGCGCGCGUGCCGUUCCGCGAGCUGCUGCGCCGCGUCGCCGCGUUCGGCGGCAUCGCCGACGCCUGCGGCUCGCGGCCGCAGGACGUCGCGAUACGCUUCGCCGCGCACGCGCCGGGUAUCGCCUCGGCGUUAGUCCAGGUCACGUCGCACCGCCAGCUCCGCGACUUGUUGAGGUCGCCGGAAGACCUCGACCGACCGCUCGACGACGCGACCGUCUCGGCUCUCGUCGCGCUGCGGGGCGUCGACGUCUGGACCUGGGGCGCGCCAACGCCACGCGCGGCCCUGCGCUGGGCGCUGCGGCGCCGGCUCCACCCGUCGACGGGCGCAUUGCUCGCGUCCGCCUAUGCCGACCCGGCGGCCGCUGACGUGGCGCGGCGCCUCGCCAACGACGGCUUCGCCAAGCUGUCCGGCGCCUUCGACGCGCCGGUCCUUAGAGCGGCGCUGGUGGGCGCCGCGGCCGCGCGCGACGCGGGCGCCUACGGUCGGUCGCGCGAGGUGGUGCCCUUCGGCGCCGCCGAGCGCGCCGCGGGCGCGGCGCUCGCGGGAGCCGUCGCCGCGGCGAUCGACGCGCCGCUGUUCGCCGCACCGCUCGCCGCGCUCUCGCUGCCGGACGCGCCGCCGGGCGCCUUUGGCGCGUGGGUGACGACGCACCGCCGCGGGACGGCCGGGACCUGGGCGCCGCCGUCCCCGCUCGACCCGGCCGCGACGCUGCCGGGAGAGUUCGCGGCGACGUGGCACAUCGACCACGGAAACGGCCGCCGCGGCGCGGCGCCGCACGCCUUCGAGCUCGAGGACUACCUCGCGAGCGCCCACGUCGUCGUGCUCGUCCUCCUGACGGACGUGCGUCCCGAUGCCGGGCCGACGCUGCUCCUCCGGGGGAGCCACCGCGCGAUGGGGAAGGCGCUCGCGGCGGCGCCCCGGGGCCUCGACGUCCGCGGCAUGCACGCUCUCUGCGCCGCAUGCCGCGCGGCGGCGCCCGCCGCGGACGUCGUCGCCGCCACGGGGCGCGCCGGCGACGUCUACGUGCUGCAUCCGCUGAUGGUGCACAGCGCGAGCGUCGCCGUCGAGGGCAGUCCAAUGCGGUGCAUCGUGAACGCGCCGCAGCCCUGGGCGCGGGACGAGCGCGGGGCGGUCGUGCCGGCGCGCGCAGGCGUGCGGUCGCCGGUCGCCGCGACGAUGCCGCGCGCCGCGACGGAGAACGCGGCCGUUCGCGGCUUGAUCCACCUCGUCCUGCGCGCGGGCGGCGCGUUCAAUGCGCGCCUGCGCGCCCACGCGCGCAUCGCGCGCCUCCUGGCGUACCUUCUGGCGGGCGCCACCUUUUGGCUAUUCGACCUCGCGUCCGGGGCCGUGCGCGACGCAGACGCGUCUCUCGCCGACGUCGCGCCGCGCGCCGCGUGUCCGCGGUGGUCGCCGUGGCCGUGGCCGUGGCCGCGGAGGUAUCGCGGCCGCCACGAAGACGAGGCCCGGCUGCUCGGCGGCGACGCGGCGGUGUAA